GAGACGCACCAGUUCAGAUCCAGUCGCCGCCAUGGGAGGGAGGCUAUUCUUAUUAGCAGUAUUAGUCGCACUCACUCAUGGAGCGGCAGUAGAUAUCACAGUGCUUGAUGUCCCGGGAAUCAAACUCCGACUAGAAAACAACCCAUUCGGGGGACUUAAUUUUGUUUUAACACGAAAAGGCAUAACCGAAGUUAUAUCAGUAAUCGGUCGUCGCACCGGCGCCAUAAAAGAUGUUGUUCAAGACGAAGAUGUCGUCAUACAAUUCGCUAAUGACACAACAGUGAGGAUCGCUACAGAGGAGAUUGUUGGAGAGAGGAGAGGCCAAGUAGUCACGCUGACGUGGGAGGCGCCUAAAGGACAACGCCUGGAAGACUGCGUCAACUUAGGCUCCAAGCACUGGUACGGCGGACCGCAGCAGAAGCGGCAGUACUGGCCAAUUGAGCGACUCGUCCUUCCAAACUACUCAUACGUCACCAAAGAAGCAGAUAACUGUGGAGUCGCUGAACCUUACUGGCUAAACUCCGAUGGUGUCUUCUAUUAUUUCGACAAAAAAGUACCCUUAUUCGUCGACCAAAACGACCUAGAAAAGAAUGCAGCGUGCUUCAUAGCACAAAUAAAAGCACCGUAUACGAACAAAAGGGAACGCAACGAUUUAAUAUACGCAAUUGGAAUUUUCGAAGACGUACGGAAAGCACACGAAUAUGCUGUCGAUAAAUACUUGAACAAAACCAGCGGUAUACCUGAUGAGAGGAUGAUUACGCAUCCAAUUUGGUCUACUUGGGCAAGGUAUAAGAGAGAUGUCAGUCAUGACGUAGUGUUAAAAUUCGCUGACGAAAUCAAGGCUAAUGGUUUCUCCAACAGUCAGCUAGAGAUUGAUGACCUCUGGGAGACUUGUUAUGGAUCUCAAACAGUAGACAAGACGAGGUUUCCGAAUAUGAACCAUACUGUGGCCAGCUUGAAAAAGAAAGGAUUUAGAGUUACUAUUUGGACACAUCCUUUCAUUAACAAGAACUGCGAGCCUUAUUAUACCCAAGCUUUGGACAAAGGAUACCUGGUGUCUUCAGAAUAUGGUUCCGUAGAAACGAGCUGGUGGAAUGACAACGAGACGACGACAGCAUACAUCGACUUCACUAAGCCUGAAGCGCGGAACUGGUACAUUGACCGGUUGAAGAGUUUACAGGAAGCCACUGGGAUUGACAGCUUCAAGUUUGACGGUGGGGAGUCUAGUUGGUCUCCUCAGAUACCAGUACUACAAAGAGAUGUAAGAGAUCAGCCAGGAGUCAUCACAGCCGACUACGUACGGGCAGUGUCGCAGUUCGGACCAAUGGUGGAAGUUAGAACGGGAUACAGGACCCAGGACCUGCCAAUCUUCGUGCGUAUGAUCGACAAAGACACCUACUGGACCUUCGAAAAUGGCCUUCCGACUCUCAUCACAACUCUGCUGCAGAUGAAUAUGAACGGCUAUGGCCUGGUGUUGCCAGAUAUGAUAGGAGGAAACGGAUAUAUUGAGCCGCCCACCAAGGAGUUGUUCAUCAGGUGGCUCCAAGCUAAUGUAUUUAUGCCUAGCAUGCAGUUCUCAUAUGUGCCUUGGGAGUUCGAUAAUGAGACCAUCACCAUAAGCAAGAAGUUCGUGGACCUCCACGCCAAAUACGCGCCAAAAAUAAUAGCCGCGUGUCGCAAGUCAAUGGAAACGGGCGCGCCCGUCAACCCUCCUAUAUGGUGGGUCGCACCGAACGAUACCACAGCGCAUGAUAUUUGGGACCAAUACCUGCUAGGCGACUCAAUCCUAGUAGCUCCCGUAGUGGAAAGGGGCGCAAGAUCCCGUGACGUAUACCUUCCGAUCGGGACGUGGCUCGCUGAAGGAGACCCCGACAGGAAACACAAGGGUGGAGACUGGAUAAGAGACUACCCCGCUAAACUAGACGAGCUACCGUACUUCGUUAGGAUCUAGAUUGAUUUUGUUAAAAAAAAAGAAAAUUAAUAAGCCAUUAUGAUGCGAAACUUCGUAUGUAAAUAUUGCUAUGCUGGAAAGCACGAAUUUUUACCUGGCGCAUUUGUGGCUUAUAGAUGAAUAAUAGGCAAAAUCCGAAUUUUUAUUACAAAUUUUUAUUUUAUUAGCUGCUUUUAUAUAAAUUCCAAUACCUUACUGCUUGAUGAUGAGAAAUUGUCAAAUAUUGCAUUGGUUUCAGUUUUUAACGAUUCCAAACAUUGCUUAAAAUAUUAUGUAUAAGUGUAGAUAUAGAUUUAUGCAAAGACAAAUUUAUUUAAACAAUAUUUAGAGUAAUAAGUAAUUUAUAAAAAUGGAAGAUUGUGUGCUUAUAAAUAAACGUAU